AUGGCGAUCUACUUCCUGCAGGUCCACCCCGACUUCGGGCUGCCCCUGCUCUCCACGCAGCUCUUCGACGGCUUCGGGCGCCUGCCGCCCGCUCCGCGCUGGGAGUGCCGGGCCCCGCUGCCUGGGGCGCUGCGGCAGCUUUUCGCGUUCUACGCGCGGGAGUUCGAGUGGAGCCGGGAGGUCGUCUCGAUGCGGCUCGGCCGGUGGUGCAGGGCUGGCGGCCCAGAGUUCACCCUGUUGCCGAAUGCCGCGGAUCACCGCCUGCACGUGGAGGACCCCUUCCUCACGGGGAGGAACCUGAACUGCGUGCUCGGCCUCGAGCAGGAGGCCCAGCUGCAGGCGGCGCUGCGCGCCGCCGAGGCCGCGCUGCGGGGUGGCGGCCUGCCACCGGGCCUGGGCGGCGCGGCGGUGAGCGCCGGCGGAGGGCUUGCUGGCUGCGGGUGGUGA